UCAGACCAAGAUAAAGGAGAUGGAUCGCUCAAAUAUAUUUUGUCUGGAGACGGAGCUGGUACUCUUUUUAUUAUUGAUGAAAAAACAGGUGAUAUUCAUGCCACAAGAAGAAUUGAUAGGGAAGAAAAGGCCUUUUAUACUCUACGUGCACAAGCUAUUAACAGAAGAACUCUGAGGCCAGUAGAACCAGAGUCAGAAUUUGUGAUCAAAAUCCAUGAUAUCAAUGACAAUGAACCUACAUUCCCAGAAGAAAUUUAUACAGCCAGUGUUCCUGAAAUGUCCGUUGUAGGUACUUCUGUGGUGCAAGUCACAGCUACAGAUGCCGAUGACCCUUCAUAUGGAAACAGCGCCAGAGUCAUUUACAGCAUACUUCAAGGGCAGCCUUAUUUCUCUGUGGAACCUGAAACAGGUAUCAUUCGGACAGCUCUGCCAAACAUGAACAGAGAGAACAAGGAACAGUACCAGGUGGUUAUUCAAGCCAAGGACAUGGGUGGCCAGAUGGGGGGUUUGUCUGGAACCACCACAGUGAACAUCACUCUGACAGAUGUCAAUGACAAUCCACCUCGCUUCCCCCAGAACACCGUCCAUCUUCGAGUUCUUGAAUCCUCUCCAGUUGGCACAGCUGUGGGAAGUGUAAAAGCCACCGAUGCUGACACGGGGAAAAAUGCUGAAGUCGAUUACCGCAUUAUUGAUGGAGAUGGCACAGAUAUGUUUGACAUUAUAACUGAGAAGGACACACAGGAAGGCAUCAUCACUGUGAAAAAGCCACUUGACUAUGAGAACCGCAGACUAUAUACUCUGAAGGUGGAGGCAGAAAAUACCCAUGUGGAUCCACGUUUUUAUUAUCUAGGGCCAUUCAAAGAUACUACAAUUGUGAAAAUCUCAAUAGAAGAUGUCGACGAGCCUCCUGUUUUCAGUCGAUCCUCCUAUCUGUUUGAGGUUCAUGAGGAUAUUGAAGUGGGCACAAUCAUUGGUACUGUAAUGGCAAGAGACCCAGAUUCUACGUCCAGCCCCAUCAGAUUUACUUUGGAUCGCCAUACUGACCUCGACAGGAUCUUCAACAUUCAUUCUGGAAAUGGAUCACUUUAUACAUCAAAGCCACUUGAUCGUGAACUAUCUCAGUGGCACAAUCUUACUGUUAUAGCUGCCGAGAUCAAUAAUCCUAAAGAGACAACACGUGUGUCUGUUUUUGUGAGGAUUUUGGAUGUUAAUGACAAUGCUCCACAAUUUGCUGUGUUUUAUGACACAUUUGUGUGUGAAAAUGCCAGACCAGGACAGCUGAUACAGACCAUAAGUGCAGUUGACAAAGAUGACCCCUUAGGUGGACAGAAGUUUUUCUUCAGUUUGGCUGCUGUGAAUCCAAACUUCACAGUACAAGAUAAUGAAGAUAACACGGCCAGAAUUUUAACCAGAAAGAAUGGCUUCAACCGUCAUGAAAUAAGCACCUAUCUACUGCCGGUGGUGAUAUCUGAUAAUGACUACCCAAUUCAGAGCAGCACUGGCACCCUGACGAUCCGUGUGUGCGCCUGUGACAGCCAAGGCAACAUGCAGUCCUGCAGUGCAGAAGCCCUGCUCCUUCCUGCUGGCCUCAGCACUGGUGCUUUGAUAGCCAUUCUCCUGUGCAUCAUUAUUCUGCUGGUUAUAGUAGUCCUCUUUGCAGCCCUGAAAAGGCAACGGAAGAAAGAGCCUCUGAUUCUAUCCAAAGAAGACAUCAGAGACAACAUCGUGAGCUAUAACGAUGAAGGUGGCGGAGAGGAGGACACCCAGGCCUUUGAUAUUGGUACCUUGAGGAAUCCUGCAGCUAUCGAGGAGAAAAAGCUCAGGCGGGAUAUAAUUCCUGAAACGUUAUUUAUACCACGGAGGACUCCUACGGCCCCGGAUAACACAGAUGUCCGGGAUUUCAUUAACGAGCGGCUCAAAGAGCACGACCUGGACCCCACUGCGCCUCCCUACGACUCACUCGCUACCUAUGCCUAUGAAGGAAACGACUCCGUGGCCGAAUCUCUGAGCUCUUUAGAAUCAGGUACCACCGAAGGAGACCAAAACUACGAUUACCUCCGAGAAUGGGGACCUCGGUUUAAUAAACUAGCAGAAAUGUACGGUGGUGGCGAGAGUGACAAAGAUGCUUAGCCUGGUACCUGAGUUCCGUUCAACGAGAUAAAGUAACUUUGCAGACAUUGUCUCUCUCCACUUCACAAUAUUUGAUAUUCAGGAGAAAGUUUUCCUGCCACUCAGCACAAGUUUCCCACUUAUUUCUUAAUUUGUUCAUUAAUUAUAUUAAUUCUUUCCUGUAGGACGUCUCAUGGAAUAUAUAUGACAUUUUAUUUAAUCACUUCCAAGAGCCAAAGCUAUGGAAAUUCAUUGUUGUCCAUCUUAGUAAAUAAAAGAAACCCGAGCAGGAUAGUUCUCCCUUAAGCAAUCUCACGAACAAGCCGCUUCUGUUAGAUACACGUCUUGCCCUUGCAAAUGAAGCUUUGAAAAGACGAAGAAAACAUUUAAGAUGUAUCCUGUUCUGUACAUUAAGUUAAAAAAAAAAUGUACAUGUGGUGUUAGUAGGUGUGAUAUGCAGCCUGGUAUACAAGCAUUUGUGCAAUUUCAUUUCAUCAAAUUCUAUCUGCUAAUGUUUUAUAUUUAUAUUUUUGUAUUUAUUUUUUAAAAAAAAUAAACCAGUUUUUACAACUA